AACUACAACAAACCACAUCAAAAACAACAACACAAGUGAUAAGGGAAGAGUCAGAAGAGCUGGUCUCUCCGCCCGCUGCUCGGACCAGGCACUCUAUGAAGGCUGCUGCUGACCUGGUCAAAAGCUCGGAUUACUCCUCCGAGGAGAGCCUGGACAGGCUCAGGGGGCACGGGAAGGAGAUAUUCCAGAACGAGGUGAACAGCCAGUAUGAACGAGUAUCCACCACCAGCCGGUACCACACGCUGGCGGACCUCACGCUCAGCCCCAUCCAUGCCGCCAACAUCACCGCCGACCGAUCGACGCGUUUCAGCAGCCCGGCGCACAGCGCGUGUUCCACGGACAGCUCGUUCGCCGAGCAGGCCCUAGCGGACGCCACCUGCCUCCUGGACCGCGACCCCAACCGGGAGCACCUGCCCUACCGCCUGUACAAGAUGGCCGGCGAAUACUGGAAUAAAUAUCCCAAGACGGACUACACGUACUCCCCCCUCUCGAAGGACCGCGUGGAGCUAGCGCCGGGGCAGGUGGCCGUGCCCAACAUGUCGCGGCGCUCGCUGUCGCAGUUCCGCGUGCAGGGACCCAACACCGCCGUCGACGAGGUGGACGUGGCGGCCUGGACCAGCAGCUGCAGGAAGAGAUACACCUCAAUAGACAGCUCAGACGACGAGUCGUACUUCCGCGGCAACGGCGGCUACGCCCCCGUCGACCAGCGCUGGUGGCUGACGCGCCUGCUCGUGACCAUCGUCACCACCAUCACCACCACCGUCACCAACACCUACCGUAGCGUCGUCGGGCCGUCGCACCGCUACCCGUACACGGAGAGGAGACCGCAGCAAGCCGGCAUACUGUCGCGGAGCGCGUCUGCGGUCGCGGCGCCCUUCUACUGGAUGUACGCCGCCGUCAGCAGCAUAGUCACCACCGCCGUCACCACCGUUACUGAAACCUUUUCGCCUACCGUGAGCAGCAGCAGCAAGCGCAGCGCGCGGCACUUGGCGGCCGCGGAGAGCAGGCGGCGCUGGUGGCCGUGGCUGCUCCUCGUGCUGCUUCUGCCAGCGCUCGGAUAUGGAUGUUACAAUUAUUCGGAGUACAUAAUGCCUCAAGAAAUAAAAGACACGUACAAACCUCCCGUCAUAAUCCAAGACUCGGACUUGACGAGAAGAGUCGCCGCUCUAGAGGACUGGGCGCUCAACGUCGACACCAGACUCAAAUACUUCGACCAAAAACUGUCCAAGUUCGACAACCUCGAACAACAAAUCGAACAAUACUCAAUAAAAUAUCUACAGAACAAUCUAGUCCAAAUAAUCAACGCCGACGGCAACAGUGAAGCCGUCGCUGCCAAAUUAAAGAGUUACUUCGAUAAGCAUUACAUUACCAAAGAGCAGAUGCAACGAAUGAGCAUAGAGAUACACGAGCGGCUCAUAUCUUCGUGGAAGCCUGAGAUGGACGAGGAUAAGAUAAGAUCUUUGAUCCAGGAGUAUCUAGCCGUGUUCGAGAAGCGGCAGCUGGAGGUGAUCGUGGAGAGGUUCAAGGAGUACGUGCGGGAGGUGGAGGUGAGGAGAGAGGGGGGCGGAGGGGAGUUUGACGCGGAGGCGGUGAGGAGGAUCGUGGCCGGGAUGCUGGACGUGUAUGACGCGGAUAAGACUGGGCUGGUCGACUACGCGCUGGAGUCCGCAGGCGGACAAGUGGUAUCAACAAAAUGUACGGAACUGUACCAGAUCAAGACGAAGCAGUACUCUGUGCUGGGCCUGCCGGUGUGGUGGGUGUACACGUCGCCGCGGUUCGCGCUCACUCCGGGGGCCAUGCCUGCGGAGUGCUGGGCCUUCCAGGGCUUCCCCGGGUACCUGGUGGUCCGAACAUACGCCGUGGUGGAGGUGACGGGCUUCUCCUUGGAGCACAUGUCGCGGCUGCUCGCCGUCGACGGCAAGAUCGAGUCCGCACCUAAAAACUUCUCCGUCUAUGGUCUCCACGGCGAGCAAGACCCGGAGCCGCACCUGUUCGGAAACUACAUGUACGACGCGAACGGCACCGCCAUACAGUACUUCCCCGUGCAGCACCCGAAGCUCACCGACAUCGGCGGCGUCAAGUACCCCGUCGCUUACGACAUCAUAGAGCUGAGGGUCGAGAGCAACCAUGGCAACCCCACCUACACGUGUGUCUACAGGUUCAGGGUCCACGGGAACCCUCUGUCCGACAUCCGCGCGGCCACGGAGGACAGCAUACGCGAGAGCGAGACGUAGCGAUUGCUCUUACUCUGGGGGAGCGAGCAGAAGUGUACAAACUGACCGGUUUGAAUUACGUGUUGUGAGUUGCUGAAAACAAUGUGUGUUUUUGAAUGACUGAUUUCAAGAUCAACAUUGGAGGAGUCGAUGUACCAAUGAACAUGUUACAUAAAGUGAAAGUGUAAUUGAUAGGUUGUUGUCAGUGUAAGUUUUGGUUAAAACGUUGCCAAAUAGUUUUAAUCAUCAUCGGAAAACCACAAUGAAAUUUAAGAGAUGAAUACUAUAUAGUUAUGUGUGCUAAAAUGGCUUUGCCAACACACAACGCGAAAUGACCAUAUUAAAGGAGAACUACUAAGCUCACAU